AAGGAGCACUCCAUCCCGCUGAUAACAAUGUUUUGAAAGAGGAGAUGACGGAUUUGGUGGAGGAGAGGAACUCCCUCAAGGACGAAAAGAGGAGCCCUGUGUACAGAAAACUUGUGAUGCUGCUUUGUCAAGUGCUUGUGUGGUGGUUUCGAUUUGACCUAGAAGACCGCCGCUUCGCUCCUCCGGGUCUGCUUAUUCCCGGGUCGCCGCUGGUCCCACGAUGGAGGAAACGCUUGUCUUGUUUUUCUGUAUUGAGCAAACGCUUGUCUUGUUUUUCUGUAGCAUUCACCAUGCAUGUCUCGUGUGAUCCUUGUGCAGGCCGUAUAGCACUAAUUGGACUGCGGUGGUCUGGUGACACCUUCCCUUGUCCAUGGAGGAUCCUCAAUAGGCAAGAACAUAUGCCACUGCUGAUCCGAAGCUCGUGCCAGGGGAAGGGAUUCUGUCAUUGCCUUCUAUGUGGGUGGCGUAGACCACUGUGUGCCGCCUCUUCCAUGGACGCAGCAGCUGCUCCGACCCCGCUGCCGACGCCAUGGAGAUCGUCAAGAUUGCAUUCCUCGGGAAGAUACUCCUUUCGUCCAUCAAACCUAUCGGACAUGAUGGAAAAUCUCCAUCGCGCACGACACCGGUCAUUUUCUCUUGCCAAGCGGUGCUGCAGAAGUUGACGCGGUUUGGGCUUGAAGAUGCACACGAUGGCGCCGUCGUCCUCGUGCUUUCUUCGCUGAUGAAGAUGCACUGGAUGGCGUCGUUGUCCUCGGGCUCUCUCCGCUGAUGAAGAUGCACUGGAUGGUGCAGUCGUCCUCGGGCUUUCUCCGCUGAUAAAGAUGCACUGGAUGGCGGCGUCGUCCUUGAGCUUUCU